AAUUAGAAAAUAAUCAAGACAUUGAAUUAAAGACUGCUCCCGAGUAUGUGAUUGGUUAUUUAGUGGAAAAGUUAAGAAAUAAGGAUUUGUUGAAGAGCAGGGAUAAAGAAAUAGUGAGAUUAAUUGGUAAAAGAAGCAAUGGAGUUAGUUUACGCACUAAAAAUAAUAUUCCACCGGUUGUGGAAGAACAAAUUAUUUGUCAAGAACAGGAAACUCUGACUAAGCAACAAGUAAUACCCCAAGAUUUUGUCGAGUUAACUACUCGGGGAAAAAAUUACAUGUGUUCCACCGAAGAAUUAAUGGAAAAAUUAGGUUUAGAAUCUGGUAAAAACUGUUCUGAACUAAUUUUUAUUUCUCCCGAAGUAUUAAAAAGAGAAACAGAAUGUGGAGGAGUUGCUCUCAAAAAUGAAAAAGAAAUAUUUUUAGCCCCCCAGAAAAGCAAAUUGUUUAGAGAAAAAGGA